CGUGAGGCGGCGGAGGCGCGCGGCGUGUUUUGGCGUUUGUUUUUGUUUUUGUUUCUGGCGCGUGCACGCACGGAGCGGAUGGGCGCGUGAGGCGGAGUGAGAGAGGAGCGCGCGGGUGCGAGUGCGAGUGCGGGUGCAGAAUUGAAUCGGUUUCCAGUCGGGAGGUUCGUCUUCGUGCUGUCGGUAACGAUGGCGACUUUGCUGGGGUUCGUGUUGCUCUGCGUGUCGCCGGGGGUUCUAACACCUGUCGCGGCUGCACACGCGAGCGGAUCGGUGCGCACCGUCGACCGGCUCUAUCACGGAGGGGGGAGAGUCGGAUACCUGUUGUAUGUGGACGGGCUGCGAUUCCAGCUCGAUCUGGAGAGAGACGAAUCGCAGUCGCAGUCCGAUUUCACCCUAGACCUCCGGUUGCGCCCGGGCUGCGUCUACCGCGGCACGGUCGAUUCCAAUCCGGAGUCGCUCGCCGUCUUCGAUCUGUGCGGCUCCGGUCUGAGCGGAUUCUUCGCCGUCGGCCACGACCGCUACACGAUCACACCGGACGACCUGCACCAUCUGCCCCGUUACACCCGGGAGAGCUUCAGCUUCGUGGAGCUAUCGGAGCACCAGAGCUGCGGGACGCGCAAACGCACCGCGCAAAGGAGAAUCUCCUGGGCGAAUUUUGCGCACCCGCGGAACUCCACGACUCCGCGACGCAGAAGAUCCGUCUCCCGACCGCGACACGUGGAGCUACUUCUCGUCGCGGACGAGUCCAUGGUGAAGAAGUACGGCAAAGAUCUGCAGCACUACCUCCUCACCCUGGCGUCCAUCGCGUCCCGGCUGUACGGCCACGCCAGCAUCGAGAACCCCAUCCGCCUGUCUGUGGUCAAGGUCACGGUGCUGAGCGAGAAGGAGUUGGGGCUGGACGUCUCAAAGAACGCCGCCGCGACCCUCAAGAGCUUCUGCAAGUGGCAGAACCAGCAGAAUCCUCUGGAUGACGAUCAUCAGCAUCACCACGACGCGGCAAUACUCUUCACCAGGCAGGAUCUGUGCGGGCACCACUCCUGCGACACCCUGGGCAUGGCCGACGUCGGUACCGUGUGUUCCCCGGAGAGGAGCUGCGCCGUGAUCGAAGACGACGGCCUGCACGCUGCCUUCACUGUCGCUCACGAGAUCGGGCACCUGCUCGGCCUGUCCCACGACGACUCCAAGUUCUGUGAGGAGAGGUUUGGCUCCACCGAGGACAAGAGGCUCAUGUCGUCCAUUCUGACCUCCAUCGACGCCUCCAAGCCCUGGAGCCGCUGCACCUCGGCCACCAUCACCGACUUUUUCGACGACGGAAACGCGGAGUGUCUGCUGGACGCGCCGCGGAACCCUCUCCUCGGCUCCGAGGAGCUGCCGGGCCAGAGCUACGACGCGGUGUGCCAGUGCCGGCUGGCGUUCGGACCCGAGUACACGGUGUGCCCGGGCAUGGACGUGUGCGCCCGCCUGUGGUGCGCCGUCAUCAGGAAGGGGCAGAUGGUCUGUCUGACCAAGAAGCUGCCGGCGGCGGAGGGCACGGCCUGCGGCAAGGGGAGGAUCUGCCUGCAGGGGAAGUGCGUGGACAAGACGCGCAAGAAACACUACUCGACCUCUAAUCACGGGAGCUGGAGCUCCUGGGGGCCGUGGGGUGCGUGCUCCCGGACGUGCGGGGGCGGGGUUCAGUUCGCCCACCGUCUGUGUAACAACCCGCCGCCUCGAAACAACGGCCGCUACUGCACGGGAAAGAGAGCCAUCUACAGGUCGUGUAACGUCACACCCUGCCAGGCACAGAGUAAGAAUUUCAGGCAGCAGCAGUGCGAGGCGCGGAACGGACCCCAGACCGACCCCAAAGGAGUGAAGACCUUCGUGGAGUGGGUGCCCAAAUACGCCGGCGUGCUGCCCAAGGACACGUGCAAGCUAACGUGCAGGGCCAAGGGCACGGGCUAUUACGUCGUCUUCUCCCAACGGGUGGUCGAUGGGACGGAGUGCCGGCCCUACAGCAGCUCGGUGUGCGUGAAGGGGAAGUGCGUGCGCACCGGCUGCGACGGCAUCAUCGGCUCCAGGCUGCACCACGACAAGUGCGGCGUCUGCGGCGGCGACAGCACCGGCUGCGUCAAAGUGGCCGGGAACUUCACCAAGAGGAGCAAAGGCUACACGGACGUGGUCAAGAUCCCAGAGGGCUCGACCCACAUCAAGAUCCGUCAGCACAAGCCGGCGGGCCAGACCCACUUCACCGCCUACCUGGCGCUCCGCCGCCCGGGGGGCGAGUACCUCCUCAACGGCAAGUUCAUGAUCUCCACCUCGGAAACCAUCAUCCCCCUGAACGGCACCGUCCUCAACUACAGCGGCUGGAGCCAGCACAACGAGGAGCUGCACGCCUCGGGACCCGGACCGCUCCGGGACAGCGUGGCGUUACAGGUCCUGGCGACCGACCCCAAGAAGCCGCUGGACAUACGCUACAGCUUCUUCGUGCCGCGCAAGACUCCGCCCCCAGCAGCCCGGACGCACGCGGCGCCGUUUCCCGCCACGCCCGCCGCGCUCACCUCGGACGAGGUGCUGACCAUGACCACCAGGCCGGCGUCCACCACCCCGCCCGGGCCGCGCUGGCUCACCGGGCGGUGGAUGACCUGCUCCAGGACUUGUGACUCUGGGUGGCAGAGUCGCGUGGUCCAGUGCAAGGACCCGCACGGGAAGCUGGCCAAGGGGUGCCCGCUGGGGGACAGACCGCCGGCUUUCAAACACUGCCUGGUGAAGAAGUGCUGAGGAGCUCGACGGACGGACGGACCGGCGCUGAGCUGACCGCGUCCCAGACGAGACGUUUCCGGGACAGACGGACCGCAGGCGCUCUGAACUUUGUCCCUGUGGAACUCUGACCGAAUUCUUCUCAUAUUUCCACCCUAGACAAGGAGCGCCGGACCGCGCCGGACCGCGCCUCUAAUGCGAGGCGGUGACUCAAUCCGCCACCCGGAUUUACUGACAAAAAAAGUCACAAAUAUGUAGCCACUCGUUUACAGUCGGGGUUCUGUGCUUCGAGCGUUUUUCCCGCAAAGGACUGCAAAUAGAGUCGAGAGACUUUAAAGCUCUUAGAUUGGUGCAUCAUUUAGGGACACGCCCGGUUUCUUAACAAACAUGGUAAAGGCACUGUUGCCUUAAAUGGCCGUGGUCAGGCUUAGACAGAAAGGUCGUCUGACUAGAUUUAAGGGCCUUGCUCAGGGGCCCUCCCGAUCGCCAGUCCAGCACCUUAACGUCUGAGCUACGUUAAAAGCGGGGGAUAACGGGGAUCAGUGCGCGACUCUCCGUGCGCUAUACGGAUCUCAUCGGAUAUGACUAAAUUGGGAGCGAUAUAUUUAUACGCGUGACUAAGGGGCGACGGGUGGCGCACCGACCACCUCUAGGACCCGGGUUCGAAUCACAUGACACCACGUAUUGGCGCCCCGUAUGCUUCCCCAGACCCACCGCGACCCUGACCAGGACGAAGCGGUAAAGAACAAAAAAAGAAUCCACGUGAUGACCAGGUCAAAGGUUACAUUUCAGAACCACAUGGACAAAAGUAUCUGGACGCCGCUUCUAAUUCUUGAACCCGUGUGUAUCGACAGGUGUAACACAUCGGUAAUCGUUUAGGGAAGGCCCUGCUUUCACAGGGCACAAAUUCCCACAGACAGACACACAGACGUCGGUCGCUCUAUUCGAAACGAGACGAUAUACAGGCGUCCGGAUACUUUCGCUCACACUGCGUGCAACAAACCGUCGCCUAAAAUGGGCGUGGUCAACCACAAUUAAGCUGCGAACUGAAGCUACGCUUGGCAGACGCCUGACUGGACGCAUUUCAAGCGGUCGAGAUUUAAGGGCCUUGCUCAGGGGCCCGGGGUGGCAGACGAUCCGACGCCCUUCCGAUCACCAGCACGUUAAAAGCGGGGGAUAACGGGGAUCAGUGCGCGACUCUCCGUGCGCUAUACGGAUCUCAUCGGAUAUGACUAAAUUGGGAGCGAUAUAUUUAUACGCGUGACUAAGGGGCGACGGGUGGCGCACCGACCUCCUCUAGGACCCGGGUUCGAAUCACAUGACACCACGUUUUGGCGCCCCGUACGUUUCCCCAGACCCACCGCGACCCUGACCAGGAUGAAGCGGUAAAGAAGAAAAAAAGAAUCCACGUGAUGACCAGGUCAAAGGUUACAUUUUCGGACUACACGGACAAAAGUAAUUAUUCAACUGGUAUGUAUGAACAGGUGCGAUACAUCAGUAAUAGUUUAGGGAAGGCCCUGCUUUCCAGAUUCCCACAGACAGACACACAGACGUCGGUCGCUCUAUUCGGUCACACUGCGUACAACAAACCGUCGCCUUAAAUGGGCGUGGUCAACCACAACUAAGCCGCGAGCUGAAGCCACGUGACGUGUCCAUGCCGUCAACAGGUGUAACACAUCAGUAAUAGUUUAGGGAAGGCCCUGCUUUCACAGGGCACAAAUUCACACAGACAGACACACGGACGUCGAGACUAUAUACGGGCGUCCGAAUACUUUUGGUCACACGGUGUAUCGUUCCGAAAAAUCUUCACUAUCAUAAAACGACCGUUUCUGGCUCGGCGCCCGCACGUACCCCGACUGCCCCGGGUUCGUUUUCGUAUGGGCAGACGACGGGGGGGGUAAGGGGGGGGUAACGCAGCACUGAAAUCGUAAUUUAUUGUUCGUAUAACUGGGAUGUGAAAGAAACUUGAUGAAUUUAUUUAUUGUUAUGGUUUUUUGCAUCAUAACGACUAUUUAACUGGAAUCUGAGCGCGACUGAGCGGAAUUUCUCCUUUUGUAAUUAAAUAUGUAAAUAAAAUCUAUAUAUUAUAUUUAA